AAUAAACAAAAAACAAAUCUAUACAAAAACAUAAAAGAAGAACACAAUUUUCCAUUUAAUUUUAAGUUUAUUUAUUUCGCAUUGUAGGGCUCGUACAAACAAUUUUUAAAAUGGUCCAGCUUUGGAUGAGAUGGUGUCGGCUCUGCGCCCGAGAAGACCCCUGCAACACUCACAUCAAUAUAUUCCUGAGUACUGUAAAAGACCAAGAACUAUCCGACACCAUAAACCAUAUUUUUUCAAUUGAAAUUAACAAUUUCAACAACUUUCCAACCAUGAUUUGCAUUGAUUGCUACCAUCUUCUAAAAACAACAAUGAACUUACAUCGAAGAAUACCGAGAGUAACUGCAAUGUUUGCAGAGCUACUUGUUAGGAGUGAAGAAGAUCUUGAUUUGAAUAAAGUCAAGGCUCUUCACAAUCUCGAUUUUGACUUCAGAGUGUUUACAUCUUCCGAAAAUGUAAUUGAAUUUAAAGCAAAGGAUGAAAUUUCAGAAUCAACUGAACAAAUAAUGGAACAUGAAAUAAUCGAUUGCAAAUCCUUAGAAUCAAACCCUAUAAAUAUUAAAAUGGAACAAGAUGAUGAAAACAACUACUAUGGUCAUCGCUUAGUUUCGCAAAGUGAUGGUAGCUCAAAUGAGAAUGAGACUGAUUCACCAGAAAACAAGAAAGAAGAAGACAUCCAAAAUACAAAAAGGAAAAAAUAUAAAUCAAGAGAAGAACGACUGGAAGAAAAUAAAAACAAACCCUAUUGUUGUUCAGAGUGCUAUAAGGGCUUUAUGAAACUCCACAACUACGGGCGGCAUAUGCAAAGUGCACAUGACAUCACAAUAGAAAUUAAACCUCCGCUUUUUAUCUGCCAAAAUUGCGGCAAGGAAUACAAGUCAAUGUCAGCGUUAAAGGAACACGAACACUCGCACACCGAGGAGAGAAAACUUAAGUGCAAAUAUUGUGAGAAGACAUUCAAGGGCAUUCCAUCUUUAAGACUUCAUGAAGAUACACAUAAUGAAACCAAUUAUAUUUGCGUUGUUUGUGGACUUCAGUUGAAUACACAACGAACGCUUAGAAUGCACAUGCUCGUUCAUUCUGAUCAGAAAAAACAUAAAUGCGACUUUUGUGGAAAUGAAUACAAGCGAGCGAAAGCUCUUAAAAAUCAUUUAAUUCUUCAUGCUGGAUUGAGGCCAUAUUCGUGCGAUUUUUGUGAAAAAACAUUUGCUAAUGGUGCGAAUUGUCGCAGCCACAAGAAAAAGCAUCAUCCGGUUGCAUUGGCAGCGCUGGAAGCAGCUGGUAAGGACAAAAUUUCGAAAGCAGUUAUUCCUAAAUUGAAUGAACUAAAGGCAGUGACGGCAUCAAAAGCAAAUAACAUUCGGGAAAAUAACUGUAAAAAUAUUGAACCGAUGACCGGUGUUAGCUCAGCGUUAGCUGUGAAUCCAGAUGUUCAACCAAAUGAUCCACAAAAGUCAAUAGAUGAAAAAUGUCCUUCCAAAGAGGAACCGGAUUUUUUUCAAAAAAUGUUUGGUCCCUUGACUUCAAGCUAAAGCUCAACCUUAAAAUACCAUAAUUUUACUACUAGUUGUAUUAUCAUAAUAAUUGUAUCAUAAGUGUUUUAAAUGUAUUUUGUCUGUGUAUAUCUUUUGAGAAACUUUUUUAAGUGUUAUGUUUCAGUCUUCAUCCUCCAGCAAGCUGAUCUUAGAAAACAGCGGCAAGCGUCACAGUUUUGGGCAUACUUUUCUUCAGUUAGGAUCGAAUGAUAAAGUCAAAUUCAAAGUUAAGGGGGGAAAGCCCUCUGGACGACAGCUUUUUGAAUAAUUUUUUUAUGAAAAACUGAAAGCACUUAUUAAAAUUUUUAAUAGAACAAGAUAUUACUGACAUUA